CGGGGUCCCUCUAACUGCGCAUGGCACGUUGCGUACCCCCCCCCCCCCAGCAACCGGCCGGGCUGCGGCGAGGAUAUAAACUGAGGAGGCGGAGCUGAGACGGGGUCGGGACUUCGUGCUAACUCCAGGACCAGGUUUAAGUUUUUGACAUUGAAAUAGGUCUACACAUUAGGAACUCAUGUCUUUUCUUGUAAGUAAACCAGAGCGAAUUAGGCGGUGGGUCUCGGAAAAGUUCAUUGUUGAGGGCUUAAGAGAUUUGGAACUAUUUGGAGAGCAGCCUCCGGGUGACACUCGGAGAAAAACCAAUGAGGCGAGCUCAGAGUCAAUAGCGUCCUUCUCUAAGCAGGAGAUCAUGAGUAGCUUCCUGCCGGAGGGAGGCUGUUACGAGCUCCUCACCAUCAUAGGCAAAGGAUUUGAGGACUUGAUGACAGUGAAUCUAGCAAGGUACAGACCAACGGGAGAGUAUGUGACGGUUCGAAGAAUUAACCUAGAAGCUUGUUCCAAUGAGAUGGUGACGUUCUUGCAGGGGGAGCUUCAUGUCUCUAAACUCUUCAACCAUCCCAACAUCCUGCCAUAUCGAGCCACCUUUAUUGCAGACAACGAGCUGUGGAUUGUCACAUCAUUCAUGGCCUAUGGUUCUGCGAAGGAUCUCAUCUGUACACACUUCAUGGAUGGCAUGAAUGAGCUGGCCAUCGCUUACAUCCUGCAGGGGGUGCUCAAGGCCCUAGACUACGUCCACCACAUGGGCCACGUACACAGGAGUGUCAAAGCCAGCCACAUCCUGAUCUCCGCGGACGGGAAGGUCUACCUGUCUGGUUUACGCAGCAACCUCAGCAUGAUCAGCCACGGGCAGCGGCAGCGUGUGGUCCACGACUUUCCCAAGUACAGUAUCAAGGUGCUGCCCUGGCUCAGCCCGGAAGUCCUCCAGCAGAAUCUUCAGGGUUAUGAUGCCAAAUCUGACAUCUACAGUGUGGGAAUCGCAGCCUGUGAGCUGGCCAAUGGCCAUGUCCCCUUUAAGGAUAUGCCUGCCACCCAGAUGCUGCUGGAGAAGCUGAACGGCACGGUGCCCUGCCUGUUGGACACGAGCACCAUCCCCGCUGAGGAGCUGACCAUGAGCACCUUGCGCUCAGCCGCCAACUCUGGCCUGAGUGACAGCCUGGCCACCAGCACCUCCAGGACCUCCAAUGGCGACUCACCUCCCCACCCCUAUUACCGCACCUUUUCCCCCCACUUCCACCACUUUGUGGAGCAGUGCCUUCAGCGCAACCCCGAUGUAAGACCGAGUGCCAGCACCCUCCUGAACCAUUCUUUUUUCAAGCAGAUCAAGCGACGCGCCUCAGAGGCUUUGCCUGAGUUACUUCGUCCUGUCACCCCCACCAUCAAUUUUGAGGGCAGCCAGUCUCAGGACCACAGUGGCAUCUUCAGCCUGGUGACAAACAUGGAAGAGUUGGAGGUGGAUGACUGGGAGUUCUGAGCCUCUGAAGAAGGUGCAGUUCCCAGCAGGGGACGUGUGAGCCUGCAGGGGCCCUUCUGAACGCUGACCACAUUCCCACCCUUCUGGGUGCAGAUUGGGUAGAAAGGACAUUUCUGCCAGGAGAGUUGCCUGCUUACUGACUGGGAAAGAAAUUCCUGGAGAAACUGUUCCAAGGCUUCUGAGACACCAGGGAAUUCCAACAGCCAGGGAUCGGGAGAGGCCAGAAAGCUGACAUUCUCAGCCCUGGAUGCUCGAGGGGUCUCUUCAGAAGGAAGAGAUGCUGUUCUGGCCCUGGGGGCUGAAGUUCAAGCCCAGGGUUUAACUCAUUGACAUAGGGAACUGUGUGACCUCCUCUUCCCACUCUUGUUCUCCUACCUGCCAAAUUCCAUUCUUUUCCUGUGCUCAGAUCCUGUAGGUCCAUGGAGGGGCAAGCAAUAAGCAACCUGCUCUCCCUCCCCUCCGACCUCUCUCUAGUGACUGGAGGGAAGGGUAUUUUUCUCUUUGUAAGCCCCAGGUUAAGGCUGGGGCCGUUCGUCCUUAUCCCUGUUACUGCUUAGGCUCUGACACCCAUAGUUCAUCCGUGUAGUGCAUUUCUGCCCUCCCAAGAAUCCAUCUCACUGCCUCCUGCCAGCUGCCUUGGUGCUCCCUCCAAAGGUCAUAAUGUCUUGUCUAGCCAGAGGGCUUAUGUCCGUAAGCCAUGUUAGUUUUAUUACCAGAACAAAUUAAAAAUGUCAGAGAAUCCA